AUGGCCUCGGGAUCUGCGAGAUAUCUGAGAUAUAUUCUCUUCGCCUUUUUCGGACUGGCUGUUAUCUACUUCAUCUCAUCCUCAUCGACACAGCGGAUACCGACAGCAGGCACAUCAUGGGGUGGAAUGCCUACAAAGCCUAAUGCGGGAGCGGAACCUGUCGCUACGGGGGCAACUCCGAAUACUCCAUCAACACUUCCACCAGCGACCGAUGCCGGUCCAAGAAUGAAUGCGACGUUUGUUACUCUGGCCAGGAACUCUGAUAUUUGGGAAAUUGCAAGAUCUAUCCGACAAGUUGAGGACAGAUUCAACAAGAAAUUCCACUACGAUUGGGUUUUCCUGAACGACAAGCCGUUCGAUGCAACAUUCAAGAAGGUCACUACCUCAUUGGUCUCAGGAACAACGCACUAUGGAGAGAUUCCUAAGGAGCAUUGGUCCUUCCCAGAGCACAUUGACCAGGAAAAAGCAAAGAAGGUUCGCGAGGAUAUGGCCCAGCGCAAGAUUAUCUACGGAGACUCCGUCAGUUACCGCCACAUGUGCCGAUUCGAGUCUGGUUUCUUUUUCCAACAGCCACUUAUGCUCAACUACGAAUGGUACUGGCGCGUUGAGCCAAGCAUUGAACUCUUCUGCGACAUUGACUACGAUGCAUUCAAGUUCAUGGCGGACAACAAGAAGAAAUACAGUUUCGUUCUCAGUUUGUACGAGUACGUUGAGACUAUCCCAACGCUUUGGGACAGCACAAAGAAAUUCAUGAAAAAGUACCCACAGCACGUUGUUGAGGGUAACUCUAUGGGGUUCUUGAGUGACGAUGGUGGUGACACUUACAACCACUGCCACAUGUGGUCCAAUUUUGAAAUCGGUAACCUCAACUGGCUGCGGUCACAAGCUUACACCGACUUCUUCAAUACACUUGACCAGGAUGGUGGAUUCUUCUAUGAGCGUUGGGGCGACGCUCCAGUUCAUUCGAUUGCUGCCGGUAUUCUCUUGAAGAAAGAGGAAAUCCAUUUCUUCAACGACAUUGCCUACUACCAUGUCCCAUUUACCCACUGCCCAACCGGCGAGAAGACAAGAUUGGAUCUGAAGUGUCACUGCAAUCCAAAGGACAACUUCGAUUGGAAAGGAUACUCCUGUACCUCUCGAUUCUUUGAGAUCAACGGCAUGGAGAAACCAGAGGGUUAUGAAAACCAACAGGAUUAA